GUAACAAGUGUCUCUCCUCCCAGCGAGAGGCCAGUUGUGAUGUGUGUGUUUGCGUAGCGAUACCACAGAAAUAGGAACAGGAAGCCAACUUCACAAAAAAGACAAUUCAAAGAGGGGUUUGGUGCGUGUAUGAUGGGUCCAACCAGGACAGGACCUUUAGCCCGGAGGCCCGACAAUUCGGCCUUCAAGCAGCAGCGUCUGCCCGCCUGGUCGCCCAUGCUAACUGCUAGCACGGUGCUGCCUUUCUUCUUCAUCAUGGCUCUGAUAUGUUUGCUGCUGGGAGUGUGGCUGCUGCUCACUGUGCAGAGCGUACAGGAAGUCCGGGUGGACUACACAGACAUUGGCGCAUGUGCCGUUUGUCACGACAUGCGUAAGAACGUGAGCAACGCGGCAAAGCUCUGCACUUGCAAACUGGACUUUCGCAUCAACAAGGCCCUGAAGGGUGAUGUCUUUUUCUACUACGGCCUCCAAAACUUCCACCAGAACCUGCGCAGGUACAUGGACUCCCGGGACGACGGGCAGACGGUGGGCAGGAAGACCAACCUGAAGAAACCAAGUUCUUACUGCAAACCAUUCGCCACCAAUGACAAAGGACUGCCCAUCGCUCCCUGUGGCGCUGUAGCCAACAGUAUCUUUAACGAUACAUUUAUUUUCAAAUAUCACAAGACAGCCGCCUCCGAAGACACGCUGCCUUUGUUACGGAAGGGCAUCAGCUGGUACACGGACAAAAACGUCAAGUAUCGCAACCCUCAGACGGACAACUUGAGCCUCGCUGAAGUCUUCCAAGGCACGGCCCCGCCUCCCUACUGGCAGAAGCCCGUUUACGAGCUGGACGUCCACGACCCCAUCAACAACGGCUUCAUCAACGAGGACCUCAUCGUGUGGAUGAGGGAGGCGGCCUUCCCCAACUUCAAGAAGCUCUACGCCGUCUUACACCGCGCCAACACGCCUUUCCAAAGCGGCCUGCCCAAAGGCAACUACAGCGUGGAGAUAGCCUACAACUUCCCGGUGCAGUACUUCCGUGGCAGAAAGCAGGUGGUCCUGACCACGCUGAACUGGUUCGGAGGGCCCAACACGUUCCUGCCCAUCGCCUACCUGGUCACCAGCGGCCUGGUCCUGCUGGCGGCCGUCACUCUCACCGUGGUCUGGUGCAAGUUUGGCAAAGAGGGGAAGAACAUGGAGGAGUGACGGGUAAGAGGAAGGACUUGAUGGAUGAAAAGCUGCUUGCUUUUGAAUGAACUAUAUCUUUAUCAAAACUACGCUGUAUUACUCAGGGAAGGAUUUUGGAGACUUUUAAAUUUUUGAAAAUGUCCAGUGGGAUAGUCUGUGGUCCUCUACAUCCGUGCAUUUCUUUGUGCUGGAUAUCGUUCAGGCGUGCUUAUGUACAGUGUGUACACUCCUGAUAACCAGCGUCAUUUGUAGUGGACAUUUGGUUUUAGUCUUUCUUUUGUCAGUUGAAUUAAAAAAUAAUACUAAAAAAGCCCUGUUAUGCAAAACGCAAAUGCCUACUGUAGAGGACAAUAGUUCUCAAGAUAUUCUCAAAUAUAAAAUUUUACUCUGCAGGAAAAUAGCCCUUUCGGAGGAACUUUUUAAAUGCGUUUGUACUUAAUGACUUUUUUUUUUAACAAUGAUACAAAGCAGUGUUUCUUUAACUUUUUUUACGAGUACCACCUCAGAAAACACUUAGCUCCUUCACCGCCAUAAUGACCAAUGUUAAAAUACAGUAGCGUAGUAGGCCUAAGUAUUCAUUAAAAACAAGGCAGAGGUGUUAUUUUACAUAUUGGAUAUUAUUGGCCACUGUAACAUUACACACAGUUUGAACAGUAACACUGUUUUUAAACAUAGGGAAAUAAAACACUGUACUUUAAUGAAGUGAUUCUUUGACAUACCAUAGUUUGGGAAUCACUGAUAUAAAGCAGCAGUAAUUUCCAUAUAUAUAUAUAUAUAUAUAUAUUUUUUUUUAAUCAAUAAAUCACACUCAAGGCCUUUGUGAUAAAAACCGUCAAUAACUAAGAUUUUUUUUCCUCACUUUGAAUCGUUUGUCUAAAAAGCAUCAGCCAGUAAUAUAAAUAUUCACUAUAAUCAGAUUUUUUAAUCAUUUAAAGGCCAGUAUAUUUUACAAAAAAAUAUAAAAACUAAAAGAAAAAUGUACACAGAAAUUAUCCUCAAAAAGGACGCACACUUAUAUUAGUCUGUUUUUCGACUGUUCUAGGGUUUUUUUAUUUUAUUUUAUUUAGAAAACAGUAAUAAGUGAUAAAUGUUGCUGCAUGUUUUGAACGGGGAAAAAAGACAGUUUGUUGAGCUGUUAAGUGGGGGGUGGGGGGGUUACAUUUUCAAUCGGCCAUAUUUGGUCAGCAGUAAAAAUUGCCAUUUUAGGCAAAUAAGCUUCCAACUUAAUCAGCACUGCAAACAUUUGAAAACAAGUGAACAGCAGAAAAUGUCCUUAAAGGUUAAUCUCAUUUUAUUUGCUAUCGUCUUUUUGUGUGAAGAGCCCCCAAGAAAGACAGUUUUGCCAUGUUUUAUUAUUAUUAUUAUAAUGGCCAUUGUUGGUACAAGUCAGCAAAAAUGAGCAAUAAACUUUUCAAUUUCCUAUGAGUUAAAAGUUUGUACGUUAAAGAAUAGUCGAUCAGAAUCAAAAGUGACAACGUCUCUUUAAUUGGCGCGCCAGACAAGACAAGACAUGACAUAGUCCAACAAGACAAACCACUCCCACAACACAAACAAGUGAUUUUAGCACAGUACCUUUUUUUUUACGACAACAUUCCUCAGUCUUUAAUUUAAAAAAAACAACCUUGCUUUAUUUCUCACAUUAAGACUUGAAAAUGUUCAUUCUGGGGGGAAAGAAAGGCAACAUUUGGUCUGCAGGCUGGGUGGGGGCGGAGCCUCCUGAAGGCGUCUCCUCAUCAGCAGGAUGUGAAUUGAAAAAUAAAUAGCGUGGGAAUCUUUUGCAAGGUUUGCAGCGAUGGAAGGACAAGAACUGCACACAAUUUCAAGUUAAGACGAUGCGUACCGUGGAAUAGGAGCUAAGGAAGACGUGCGUGUUGCAAUUGUUCGAUCACAUUUAAGUUUGUAACAGAAACAAAACAAAAAUCACAGCUUUACAGAAUCACAGGUGGGGUCAAAAAAAGUCAAGCAGUAGUUUUCACGCUCGUUUUGGCAACCUCCUGCCUCCACGUCCAAGUGAGGCCCAAACAUUCAUCUGUGGUUUCAGUGAUCCGACUGGAGUGAGCGCCUCGGCUGAAGCGGAUCCACGCGGCAGGGAGGUCGCGUAGUGUUUGUCAGCGCCCCCCUCUCUUUAGCUCCGCCCCCUGGGGCACCUGAUAGGUCAGGUCCCCGCCGUUUUUGGGCGUGUCGUACGCGGAUCGCUCCGAGCGGCAGCUGUCCGUCUGUGCCGGCAGCUGGGUGGCGAACCCGCCCCCUGAAGAGGGCUGCACCCCAGACGGGUGGCACCCCAUGUCCACCACGAUGGGCGUGGCGUACUCCGCCCCCGUGGCUGGGAGAGGCUCGGCGUAGGCGUGGUACACGUCCGGCGAGAUGGGGGCGUCGUAGAGGUCGGGACCCUCGUCGGGUUUGAAGGUGGACCGCGCGCCCAAUGUUGUCACGCCGCUCACCAGGGGCUGGGCGUACUCUGCAAACAAACACCCGCUCUUAAGCUACCAAAUAGCCCUGUCCUGAUUCCAUAGUGAUAUCAGGAAAAAAACAAGUAUCAAACGUGUCAAAUUUUGUGAACGUCUGCAACACCUGUUACCAUCUAAAUCAGGGGUGUCAGGCAUCACAACUAUGAAUAAACACAGGUGGACUUAUGUACUUAACAAAAAAAGGUGAAAUAACUGAAAACAUGUUUUAUAUUCUAGUUUCUUCAAAAUAGCCACCCUUUGCUCUGAUUACUGUUUUGUACACUCUUGGCAUUCUCUCCAAGACAGGGGUGUCAAACUCAUUUUAGAUCGGGGGCCACACGGAGAAAAAUCUACUCCCAAGUGGGCCGGACUGGUAAAAUCACGGCACGAUAACUUAAAAAUAAAGACAACUUCAGAUUGUUUUCUUUGUUUAAAAAUAGAACAAGCACAUUCUGAAAUUGUACAAAUCAUAAUGUUGUUGGUUUUUUUUACACUUACAUGUUGCAGUAUUCUAUCUUUAUUUGUCGUUAUUUAUACUUUCUGAAUAAAGAAUGUGAUAAUGUUCA